ACCCCUCGGAACCCGGAAGUGCGAGCGGAGCCACGUGGGUGGAGCUGGAGCGCAGGUCGCAUGGGGGAGUCUAUCCCUCUAGCCGCCCCGGUGCCGGUGGAACAGGCGGUGCUGGAGACGUUCUUCUCUCACCUGGGUAUCUUCUCUUACGACAAGGCCAAGGACAAUGUGGAGAAGGAACGGGAGGCCAACAAGAGCGCGGGGGGCAGCUGGCUGUCGCUGCUGGCGGCCUUGGCGCACCUGGCCGCGGCCGAGAAGGUCUAUCACAGCCUCACCUACUUGGGGCAGAAACUAGGGGGCCAGUCAUUCUUCAGCAGGAAGGACUCUAUCCGCACCAUCUACACUUCCCUGCAUAACGAACUGAAGAAAGUGGUGACUGGCCGAGGCGCCCCAGGCGGAACGGCUCCUCACGUGGAGGAGCUUCUCCCCCACCUGUCGGAGCAGCUCUGUUUUUUUGUUCAGGCGCGGAUGGAGAUCGCAGACUUCUACGAGAAGAUGUACGCCCUCAGCACGCAGAAGUUCAUCAACACCGAAGAGCUGGUCAGCAUUUUGGAUACCAUCCUCAAGAAAUACAGCUCCAGGUUUCACCACCCCAUCCUCAGCCCCCUGGAAAGCAGUUUCCAGCUGGAAGUGGGCGUGCUGAGUCAUCUCCUGAAGGCGCAGGCCCAGAUCUCUGAGUGGCAGUUCCUCCCUUCCCUGGUCACCCUGCACAGCGCUCACACGAAGCUUCAGAGCUGGGGCCAGACCUUUGAGAAGCAGCGAGAGACCAAGAAGCACCUGUUCGGAGGGCAGUCUCAGAAGGCCGUUCAGCCCCCACACCUUUUCCUUUGGCUGAUGAAACUCAAAAACAUGCUCUUGGCCAAGUUUAGCUUUUACUUCCACGAGGCUCUGAGCCGACAGACGACUGCUUCAGAAAUGAAAGCGCUGACCGCAAAGGCAAACCCGGACCUCUUUGGGAAGAUCUCCAGUUUCAUCCGGAAAUACGAUGCUGCCAACGUGUCCUUAAUUUUUGACAAUCGAGGCUCAGAGAGCUUUCAAGGUCAUGGCUACCACCACCCACAUUCCUACCGGGAGGCCCCUAAGGGAGUGGACCAGUACCCAGCAGUGGUGUCUCUGCCCAGUGACAGGCCGGUCAUGCACUGGCCCAAUGUUAUCAUGAUUAUGACAGACCGAACAUCCGACCUGAAUAGCUUGGAGAAAGUGGUCCAUUUCUAUGAUGACAAAGUCCAGAGUACAUACUUCCUGACCCGUCCUGAACCCCACUUCACCAUCGUUGUCAUUUUUGAGUCAAAGAAAUCGGAGAGAGACUCCCAUUUUAUUUCCUUCCUCAAUGAGCUCUCGCUUGCCCUUAAGAACCCCAAAGUGUUUGCAAGUCUAAAACCUGGAUCCAAAGGCUAGCAGAAGCUUGCUUACCCGAGGAUCUCCAAGACUGGAUACACUGUCCUUAGUUGCUCUGGGGGCAGCGGUAAGACAAGCUCAUGCUUGUUUCAGAGCUGAACUAAAGCUAGGUCCUCCCUAAUCAUGUUGCACACUUCAUAAGCAGUUAAGACCAAGGCUGGAGGCUCCAAAGAGUGUCUAGGAAGUGCCACGGCUACUGUGUAUCACCAUGGUA